GUAUUGACAGCACGAGAUCCUUUAAUAAUAUUUAUUAUUUACUAUUUUUUUAAUCAAGACUGAAUUUCCAAUGAAUUCAAUAAUUUAAUUUUAUAACAUGUGGAAGAAACUGCAGAACUCUUUAUUAUACUAUAUAUUGUUCACACAUGAGGACAAUUUCAAUAUAAGUAUUUCAGAUUAUGUGAAAAUAUGGACUAUACAGUUAACUACAGAACAAUUUAUUUCUUGCCUUAAGGAAAGCAAUCGCAUAUUAAAAAUUGAAACAAAUGAAUUGAUCACAAAUGGGGUAGAAAUGCUUUCACAUCCAGAGAGUUUAAAAAGUGCAGAUGUUUCACAAGUUGGUGAGAACUUAAAAAUAUCAUUAAGUAAAUCAUUUGGUUACCCUCUGAAAUUAACAAUAAUACUAAAAUUGGGGUCCCUCGAACUUUUCUUCCAAAAGGUGACAAAACCUUUAUUGAAAACAAUACAUGAUCUUCAUUGCAGUGAAAAAGAGUUACGCCUAUUGUUGCAAAGCAAAGAUAAGGAAAUAGAGGAAUACAAGGCUGAAGCAGGAGACAUUUGUUUAAGGUAUUUAAAAACUAAAACAUACAAUGAUGUUGCACAUAUGGAGAAACAUACAUUAUAUGAAUUAAACUUUGGUCCUAUAAGUAUACUAGAGAAUUUACUGGAAAAGUCGGUUGAUAUACCUGAAGAACCAAUCAUAAAACAAGAUUCACAUGUGAAAAUAGAGCCCGAAUCACAGGACACACAUCUAAAGGUGAAAACAGAAGUUAUGGAAUUGAAUCAAGAUAAUAUUAAAAAGGAGCCACAUGACUUAUCAACAGUCAAAAAAAGAAAAAGAAAACUUAAUUUAUAAUGGAUUAACUGAUGCAAAGAUGACGUCAAAACUUCAUCUAUGUAAAAUUAAAACGUGUUUCUAUGAGGUUAAGUCAAAUCCAAUUUGGGAAAUAAUUUUAUUUAAUUAAAUUAUUUAUGCAUAUA